GUAUCCAGUACCCGGACAACCAGCUCACCAGGCAGCGGCCCUACACCCAAGAACGACUCCCGGCCUCCAAGUCGUAGUAUCCCCGAAACACCACCGAAAGACCCUCAAGCGAGCGUGGUCCCGGUGCAGACGACGGAGAAGAGGGACACCACCAAAGACGUGUGCCAAUCAUCUUGUACCGAUAUCAGUCAAGCACCAGCGACAACGACGGCCCUCUGCGUGGACAACGCUCUGCCAUCGCCGAAAUCCAUCUGGGCCUUCAAUAAAGCCCCGAAUUCCAGGAUGGAGCAAAUGAUGCCAUCGCCGUCCACUAUGAGGGAAUCGAACCGGUCACCACCCACAGGAUUUGUUCGCUUUGGAGGCAUCACGCUGAGAGAGUUCAUACCGCUCACCACGAUCACUGAGAAGAUAGCGCACUCGCCUGCCUUCUACGGCAGCUUCGGCGCCCUAGCAGCGUUGGGCAUUGCCGCCCUGGUCGUCAUGUUCUGGUCCUCGGAUCCCAAGCGUCACCAGCAGGACGAGUGCGGCAGCGACGAGUGUCGCGAUGCCUACGGCUACCUGGAGUCGCUGCUCGACUCGGCCAUCGACCCGUGCACCGACUUCUACCGGCACGUCUGUCGCCGGUGGCACAUCGGCAACAUCGACGGGGCCACCCUGACCAAGGUGGCUGCUCGGAAGCUGAUCGACGAACUCUACACGACGCUCCUUCGGAAAGGCGUUGAGCCAACCGGAGAAAGCGGCGAUGCGUCAGCCCGCACUGAGGCUCUUCUGGGGCGCUUCCAUGCUCGGUGCGGCAGCUUCAUCACAGCCUCGACGCACAAGGAUGCCGCACAGUGGCUCGUCCGGGAGUACCGAAGCGAAAGCGACCUUCUCCAACUCCGCAGUACAGCGGAGGCCCUGAGGCGAAUCGUCCAGCUCUCCCUAAAGCGCGGGAUCUCUACGCUGUUCAAGGUCAGGCUGAUUAGGCACAGCGACAGUGAAGUCGCCCUGUACGUCUCCCGGGGCCAGACGCUGGCCGAGAAACUGGCCGAUCCUGGGCACAGUUCGGCGCUUGUGGAAUUCUUCAAGGAAGCGCUCGAAGAAGCGAGUAAGAUCCAGGGAUCCGGCAUACGCAAGUCGGAAGUCAACGCAACAGUUUCGGAGCUGCUGAGGUACGACAAAAAAGCAGCGCUCAGGUGA